AUGGACCGGCCCGUCACAGAAAGACCUGCGGCGCUUGAGAGACGCCUCGCGUCUUACGAGGCGGAAAUCGCUCGUCUGAAGAAGGAGAACCGUCGCCUGAGGAAGCUGCUGGACGCCGCUUAUAAACCCGAAGUACGCUUGUACAGAGCAGACUUCCAGCAGCUCUUAGUUUCUAAGGAGGAGGUUCACUCUGUGAAGCAGGAGUGGAGCCCCAGUCUGAGCCAGGAGGAGCCAGAUCUCCCACACAUUAAAAUGGAACAGGAGAAAUUCUUGAUCAGCGAUGAGGGAGAGCAGCUUCAAAAACAGGAGGAGGCUGAUAUCAAGUUUCGGAUCACUCAUGUCCCUGUAAAGAGUGAAAGUGUUGAAGAAAAACCUCACUGCUCACAGCUUCAUCAAGUCCAAACUGAACAGGACAAACAGGAAGAGUCUUCAGACAGCACUUCAAGUGAACAGAUGAAAACAGAACCUGAUGGAGAGGACUUUGGACAGCUAGAACCAGCCAGUAACCUAGAUCAGGAUGGUGAUUUAGAAUCAACUAGCAAUGGUGAGUCCAUUCCUUCAGACUUUUGUGAAAAUGAGACUGAAGACAGCGAUGACUGGAACAAAAUUAGAGAACCUCGGUCUGGUGUGGUUAAAAAAGAUAACAAUGAAAUUAGUCAUCAGAGAUCUAUUGAGAAAAAAACGUUCACUUGCUCAGUCUGUGGUAAAAGGUUUUCUCAAAACAGAAGUAUGCAGGUACACAUGAGAACACAUACUGGAGAGAAGCCAUUUAGUUGCACGCUCUGUGGCAAUGGUUUUAAUAAAAGCGGACAUUUGAAGACACACAUGAGAAUGCAUAGUGCAGAGAAGCCAUUCACUUGCUCAGUUUGUGGUAAAGGGAUUUCUCAACGAGGAAAUAUGCAGGCACACAUGCGAACACAUACAGGAGAAAAACCCUUUAGUUGCUCAGUCUGUGGCAGUGGUUUUAGUAGACGUGAACAUUUGAAGACGCACAUGAGAACACAUACAGGAGAGAAGCCAUUCACCUGCUCAGUUUGUGGUAGAGGGUUUUCUCAAAGUGGACAUGUGCAGGCACACACAAGAACACAUACAGGAGAAAAACCCUUUAGUUGCUCAGUUUGUGGCAGAAAGUUUUAUCGAAGAAGAGAUAUGCAGGCACACAUGAGAAUACAUACAGGAGAGAAGCCAUUCACUUGCUCAGUUUGUGGUAAAGGGUUUUCUCAAAAUGGAACUAUGCAGGCACAUAAGAGAACACAUACAGGAGAGAAACCCUAUAAAAAACACUUUAGUUGCUCAGUUUGUGGCAAUGGUUUUAGUAGAAGGGAACAUUUGAAGACACACAUGAGAAUACAUACUGCAGAGAAGCCAUUCACUUGCUCAGUUUGUGGUAAAGGGUUUUCUCAAAAAGGAAAUAUGCAGAUACACAUGAGAACACAUACAUGA